AUGACUGGAGUCGAAAACACAGACAUGAAGUAUGCUGUCUCCGAGAAAGUCACUGUCACAUCAGACGAUAUGUCCGCGAAAAGCGAACUCUCAACCCCUGCCGCUGAGCCAGGAGUCUUGACCGGAACGAUCUUCAUCGACCCCGAAAAGGAGCGUGCAGUCCUGAAGAAGUUCGACAAAUACCUGCUCCCACAAGCAUUCGUCUUCAUCCUGCUUAACUAUCUGGACCGGUCCAAUCUGGGUAACGCCCGCAUAUUUGGCUUCGAAAAGGACAUCGGCCUGGUCAAUAAUGAGUUCGGUAACCUGGUAACCCUAUUUUUCGUGCCUUACAUUGUCACGGAAGCGCUCUGGGUUACCGCUGUGAAGCGAUUUGGCGCGAAUAAGGUCAUCACUGUCGCUCUGGUUGGCUGGUGCUCCGCAACAAUUGCCACAGGAUUCGUUCAGAACUACCACCAAGCUCUCGCCUGCAGGAUGUGUCUUGGCCUCUUCGAAGCUGGGGUGGCUCCGGCCUUCACCUUCAUCUUCACGACGAUCUACAAGCGCGAGGACACAGCGAAGCGUGUUGCUCUCAUCAACUUCAGCAACGCGGUGUCUGGAGCCUUCGGAGGAUUGUUCGCAUACGCAAUCCAAACUAUGGGUACUCAGCGAGGCCUGGAGUCCUGGAGGUGGCUUUUCAUCAUCGAAGGGGCUGUCUCUCUCUCACUCUGCGGUGGCUGCCUAUGGUCGUUCCCCAACAAGCCCGAGACUGCCUGGUUCCUCAACGAAGACGACAAAGCAUUGAUGCAACUCCGCCGGCAGCGCGAUGCGGCCUACAAAGGUGCAGAUGACGAGUUCAGAUGGGAAUAUGUUAGAGAAGCCAUCAGCGAUCCCUUCGUCUACGUCGCCAGUAUCGCCUUCUUCACGUCCAGUGUUGCAAUUUUCGGCUUUGGUACUUUCCUUCCAACAAUCAUCAAAGGGUUUGGCUAUACGAGCUAUCAGGCCAACUACCUGACGAUACCGGUCUACGCUGUCGGCGCCAUCUCCCUCUUGACACAAGCAUACUGGUCCGAUCGCCUCAAGCAACGAGCUCUAUUUCUACUGAUCUCAGCCUGUCCAGUGAUGAUCGCCUACAUCAUCUGCAUUGGCACACCGAGCAAGAUCGCUGGCUACAUUGCCAUGUUCAUCCUUGUCACUGGAGUGUACUCCGUCUCAUGUCUGCUCAUGACUUGGGUUGCCACAAACUUGGUUCCAGACUACAAACGCAGCGUCGGCCUCCCGAUCUUCGCCAGCAUCGGCAACUGCUCCGGCCUUGUAGCUGGCCAACUGUAUCCAAAGAGCCAAGGCCCGCGCUACAUCAUGGGCAAUUCGAUUAGUGUAGGACUCGAGGCAAUCGCUGCUGUCUUUGUGGUUCUCACAUGGUUGUUGCUGCGGAGAAGGAAUCAGCAGAAGGAGAAGCUGAUCGCGGAGGGUGCCACUGACAAUGGGCUCAAGGGCGACCGGGCGCUUGGGUUCAAAUACAUCCUGUAG